GCUUUCUCUUCACCACUUUUUGUCGUCCACCUCCCAACUGGCCUCGUCUGCGCUCCAUAGCGACAUGCUCAGCCCGUAGGCUAGCAUUGCUUGGUACUCUGCCAGCAGGGUAUAUGAUUUUGAAUGGGGACGGUACCUUGCAGGCUCAGAAUACCGAACCCCCACCAUCGAAUCCCCACCGUCAGCCCUUGACGGCCCUCGCUCGGUCCUAUGUGGUCUAUUCUCUGUGUUCAAUACCAGCCAUAGUUGACUAUGCUCCAAGUCUCCUCGACUUCAUCGGUCGGAUCCCUGUCCUUAAUCACGUAGCGUACAGCCUGAUCAAGAUAACCUUUUUCGAUCAAUUCGUGGGAGGCGAAACAGCAAGUGCAACCGUACCCCUCUUGCGUGCCUUACGCGCUGCCAACAAGGGAGCCCUUUUCGCCUACUCGGCAGAGGUAGACGAAAAGGAAGCUCUAAGUUCCGAAUCUAAAUCUGGCAAGCUUAAAGCACAUCACAAACGCGUUGUGGACGAGAUCUUGACCUGCAUCGACGUCGCUGCCGACUUCGAGGACUCUCUUCGCGGAGCAUCUAAAGCUCUAUCUCCUUAUCUCCAUGACACAGCCUAUCGUACCCCUACUUCUCAAGCUUCUAUCGCUGCAAACAGCGAUCUUCUAACAGGACGUAGGACAUGGGUGGCCAUCAAAGUCACUGCUCUUCUUCCUGAUGCUCAUGCGCUCAUCAACCUUUCAAAGUAUAUCACUAGUCGAAGAGAACAAAUGAAGGCGGUCUCUGCCGAGCAGUCUUCCCUCACUUCGGCACGUUCUGCACCCGCUACCUUGUCAGCCGCUACGGUACCCAGGGUAGAAGACAUCCCUUUUCCUGGAGCCGCUCUCCUAUCAGACUUAGACAUCGUCCUGUCUCCAUCCAGAGACGACGCUCCGUUGUCGACCAAUGACAUACAGCAACUCCGUGAGCUGUACGACGACCUUGUCAAGAUCUGUGUACGUGCCGAGCAGCGAGGCGUACGUCUUAUCGUCGACGCAGAGUACAGCUGGUACCAACCCGCUCUGGACGCCCUGACACUGGCCUUAAUGCGUCGUUUCAACGCCCUCCCUUCCUCCAAUGUAACAACCGGAACACCACCAUCUAGUCCCAGACAAGGCCCAGUCCAACCACUAAUCUACGCCACCUAUCAAGCCUACCUCCGCCGCGUCCCUCUCCAACUCGCCCAUAACCUACACGACGCAAAGUCCAACAACUACUCUCUCGGCGUCAAACUCGUUCGUGGCGCUUACCACCCCUACGAAACCAAUGCCCACCGCACAUUCAAAAACGGCGGCAAAUCUCUCUGCAUCUCUUCAGAGGAUCUUCCCCCAGUCUGGCUGGAAAAACACGAAACCGACAAGGCAUAUGACGACUGCACCCGUAUGGUUAUCGAAGCGGUGAAAGAGGACGUCCUCCGCCAAAGGGCCCAGCAGUACGAAGAUAACAAGACGGGAGACAUACGCGUUGGUGUUUUGUUCGGAACACACAACUGGGACAGCUGUAACCUCGUGCUGGACGAGCUUGUCAGACAGGGGCUAGGGGAAGUGGUCAAGGGUGAAGACAAUAAUAACAAGGUGAAGGUCCGUUCCGAUGUUGUAGAACGGAUAUGCAUCGCCCAGUUGUACGGCAUGUGCGAUGACCUCACCGACUCCCUCACAUCACGAGUCCUAUCCGACGUCCCGAUGGUAACCAAAUACAUCCCAUACGGAGGACUCACAGAAGUCCUCCCCUACCUCAGCAGGAGAGCAAUCGAGAACAAGUCGGUUCUCGGAGAUGGAGCCGCAGCUAGAGAACGACAACGGGCUCUCAGGGAAAUUAUGACUAGAAUUAGGGAAACAUUUUCUCUUCCUUUGCGACGCAACGAGUAACUUUUCUUCUCUCCUGACAUUUGACAAUGAACUUACCUUCAUGCAUGGAU